AUGGUUAGCAAGCAAAAGCCAUUCAACCUCCAAGGCCUGCCGGGAGACAUCCUCGACGUGAUAGCCCACGACUAUCUAGACUCCCUCGACUUCUUCAACCUACGUCUUGCCUGCCGCGACCUCCACAAGAACACCUCGAAAGCAUUCGGCCGCCGCUACUUCAAGCAUGUAAAGUUCAUGCUGUCGCCCGAUAGCCUCCAAGCCCUGGAGGACAUUUCGAAGAAUGAGGAGCUGUCUCAAUUUAUUCGGCAUGUUGGCAUUGGAACCGAGCGGAUCCACUCCAACAUUCUCAGUCUGUGGGAAGUCCAAUAUUGCGCGGAAUGGGCCCAAAGAUAUGGUGAAGAGUACAACAGACAGCUUCGCCGGCAAGAGCACAUCGAGCAAGACGGCGCCGACGUGCAAAUUCUAACCAAAGUCCUGAAAUCCCUGCCGAAUCUGCAGAGCGUU